CCUGCUCAUAAGUAUAGGGUAAUCUAGAUGUGGACAACUUGGCAAAGGAGUUGCCUUGCUUUAUAAUGUUGCUUCCUUAGUGCUUUCAAUAGAAGUAGCUAACGGGAAGAAGAAUGGAUGAGGGAGAGUCCAUUAACGUUAGAUUUAGACACGCCGCUGGUGACCUAGGCCCGUUUGCUUUCUCAGAAGCAUCCAGCGUGCAGGUGCUGAAGGACAAGGUAUUCGCAGAGUGGCCGAAAGAUGGCCUGUGGUCAAAGGAGCCGCCCAGUCAGCCUGCUGAUGUGCGCCUCAUCAUAUCUGGCAAAUUUUUGGACAGUGCAAAGCAGCUUAAAGAGUACAAGCGUGAUAUGGGAGAGGUGAAGCCGGAUACUGUGGUGACGAUGUUAGUACAUAUCCGACCGCAGCCAGCGCCGACAAAGCAACAAGGGACACAAACGCCGCAGAAGCAGGAACAGAAAGGCUGCGGGUGUAUCAUCUGCUAAGGUGACUGCUUGAAGACCCUUUCACCGUCUUAGGAUGGGAUCCUCUUGUUUCAUGCUGGAGGGGGAGGUGAACAGCCCUGCGCAAUACACCUCGCGGACCAGCAGCCAGCGAACGCUGCGUUUCGCCUUGGGCGAUACUGUCGUCGCAGAUCCUGGGCGUCACCUGUGAUGUGCAUGGUUCGCGGCGUGGUUAAUUAAUGGUUAACGGUAAUGGCCGACUCAUGAGAGGCAGUCGUGGACAUCGCUUGCAAGGAGCGCGGCUGAGGGCGAUAAGGGAAGCCAAGUACAGGGAAAGGGGUAGAAGUAAGGAGAUGGAUAUACGUAAACUGAGGCGGAUAUGUAGGCUGCGCCAUGCGCCAUAGGGGAAAACGGGAUUGAAACGCGAUGGGUCCGGCUUAGGUGGGUAUGGGUUGCGGCGCUUCGACUGGACGUGUAGGAUUUUGAUUACAAUUCGGGAAGACAUGGAAAAUAUACAGGACACGCUGCCGAGAAGUGUGUUUUGCUGAGGACAAGAUGUUGAGCGAAAGGCACUCAUGUUUUUCAUUUUUGUCUGGUUGCCGCAUGCUGACGUUAUGGUGGAAGUCGUCUCUAGACAAUGACCUGGGGGUGUUGUGUGUAUAGGUGAGUGUGUGUAAUUGUGGCGAGGAUUUGUUAGUUGGCAAUUAAGCCCACGUCUUGGUGCAUUUCGUCAGAACUGACGACUGUGCUUAUUCUUGUUUCAAUUUUCUGGGACUAUUAUUUGGAGCAUUAAAUCCGGAGGUAGGGCCUGAAAAAGGCCAGCAGUUGGACGUCGAUAAAUGUUUCAAUUUAAAAGGAGUCCAUGUG